GGGAAGCAGAGGAACUGUAACAAACAGUCGGACCUCAAACGUAGAAAUCAAAUUCAGGAAAUUGGCCACAUUUGAGAUCCGUCUCGGCUUGUGCAGUAAUGUUCACUCACGCCAAGCCCAUCCCAACCGCCUCAGCUAAGCAAGUACCUCUCUUGUAAAGGCUGCCACUACAUCAAAGCGCUUUCACAAACGCCAAAAAUUCAAAAAUAUUACCUAGUUCAGAGCUCCGUGAGCCAGCUUUGAGACGCAGUUUCGGGCGAGGCGAGCGGAAUUGAGGCUGAGAAUGGAAGUGGAGAGUCAAAAAUCGGGGUCUGACGGGAAGGUUUGGAGUUUUUGUAGAAUGCCAUUUUGGCAAACGAGCCAUGCUUCUUCGUCUUCUUCUUCCACAUCUUCCCUGCAUAACAAUGUCCAUCAGCAUGACCAUAAUCUUCAAUCUGUUGAUAGAUCGGCUCAUCAUUCUUCCACGACGGUUUCGUCUGUCGCCAAGUCUCUGCUUCCCGCGAGAAGGAGGCUCCGUCUUGAUCCCCCCAAUAAGCUUUACUUUCCCUAUGAACCGGGUAAGCAAGUUAGGAGCGCAAUCGCAAUUAAAAACACUUGCAAGUCACGGGUAGCAUUCAAGUUUCAAACAACUGCGCCUAAGAGUUGUUAUAUGCGGCCUCCUGGUGGCAUACUUGCACCUGGUGAAAGUAUAAUCGCCACUGUAUUUAAGUUUGUGGAGCCCCCAGAGAACAAUGAGAAGCCGAUUGAUCAAAAGAGCAAGGUUAAGUUUAAAAUCAUGAGCUUAAAAGUGAAAGGAGAAAUGGAGUAUGUACCAGAGCUGUUUGAAGAGCAAAGGGAUCAGGUAACAGUGGAGCAAAUUCUGCGUGUUGUUUUCCUGGGCCCUGAGCGUCCUAGCCCUGCCAUGGAAAAACUUAAGCGACAACUUGCUGAGGCUGAGGCUGCAUUGGAAGCACGAAAGAAGCCCCCAGAGGAGACAGGUCCAGAAAGCGUCGGGAAAGUUAUUGAUGAAUGGAAAGAAAGAAGAGAAAGAUACCUGGCACGACAGCAAGUCGAAGGCGUCAAUUAACCCAGAGGGAUGUUAAUUUCACUUGAGCCCUUCGUUUUCGGCAGUUCUCUGUCAAAGAAGUUGAAUUCGUCGGCCACUGUUCCGUCAAAGUUGGGGGUUUGAAGAGGUUAUUAAAAAAGUAUUUUCGAUUUUUUGGGUAUUGCUCUGGCAUGUACGUUGUAGGCGAGUGGAUUAGUACAACAUGAGUGGCAGUAAUUUAUUGAAUUUUCACGUAAUCUCUUGUAAUUUGUGGAUAGAUUGUAUCAUUGUAUUCUUCAGAUGAAAUUGUCCAUCUCGGCAGACUGAUUAUUAGUUUCAUGCCAUGUAACGUGGCCAUGUGGGUAGUUUUAUCUGCAAAAAUAUCCAUAUUGGAAGUCAGCUUCUAACUAUCAUUUGGAAUGAAGGAUGAAUGCUAUUUUGGAGUGAAA